CACAGCUGAUCACGAGAUGUGGUAAAAGGCCGAUCAUACCGGCCUUUUACCACGUGAUCAGCGGUGUCCAAUGACACGCUGAUCACAGGGAAAUGCAAGUGCCGGUUCUCGGCUGCACUUUCCUCACGCUGUCAGAUCGGCCACUGAUGAUCAGUGCCCUGAUGAUCGGUGCCCAGCAGUGCCACCCACAAGUUCCGCCCACCUGUGCCCACAGUGCGCCCAUAGCUCCGCCCACCUGUGCCCAGCAGUGCGCCCACUAGCUCCGCCCACCUGUGCCCAGCACCCACCUGUGCCAA